CUUCUUCUUCUCUAAGCACCAACCACUUCUCUUGAUCUUGAUCUUUCUCUCUUUCUGUGUUCAUAUGGGAAACGCAAUGAAAACCCCAUGCUUUCACCCCAACAAUGGUUCGUCGAAGAAGCUGGUGAAACUGGUAUUCUGGGAGGGCACAUCGAGAUCUCUGAAGGGAAAACACAUAGCCGGUGAGAUCAUGUUUGAGUUCCCUGAAAUGAUGGUGUGCCAUGCAGAGUCUUUCUUCAUCGGACACCCUAUCCCUGUUCUCUCCAUCGAUGACGAACUGAUGCAAGGCGAAACCUACUUUGUUCUUCCCAUCGAUCGUUUUGCGUGCAGCACUCUCUCUGUGGCCUCGAUUUCGGCCUUUGGAUCUUGCCCUAACAAGUCCCCGAUCAAGUUUGGGGCGUGCCCUUUUCAGUACUUGAAGGGUUCUGAUGGAAGGAUCGUGAUCAAGGUGAUGCCCGAGUUCAUCACCAGGCUCAUAACUGGUGGUGAUGGUGCAGAGAAAGAGAGUGUUGUUGGUCCUUCCAGUUUCCUCUGCAGCACUCCUGAGUUGCAGAAACACUAUGAACAGCUUGUGAAGUCGAAGGAUCAGGUGUGGUCUCCUAAGCUUGAAACCAUUUCAGAAUACAGGAUUAGGUUUUCACCAUGCAGAUUCAUCGAGUGGAAGGAAAAAGAAAAGCCUGCGCAAAUUCUUACUAGAUAGAUUCAUAGAUAGAUAUACUUCAUUCUUCUUGAUUAAUUGCAACCACACAUAACAUCAAUUUGUACACUCGUAAUAUAUACACAUUACUUAUCUUUCUGCUCUUCAUUUCUAAUUUUAGAAUUUUGAGAUCGAUACUAUUUUAGUAUGAACCAGACGAUCUGAAGAACAAAUCUCGAUAUUAUAGAAAUCAACACUUUCUUUCCA